GACUACUCGGUGGCCCCGGCCCUCGGCAUGGCUCGCCUGGUGCUUGGUCUGAUGAGCUGUACCCUCUUCAUAGCAGUUAAUGGUCUGUAUUCGUCUAGUGAUGAUGUAAUCGAAUUAACUCCGUCAAACUUCAACCGAGAAGUUAUUCAGAGUGAUAGUUUGUGGCUUGUAGAAUUCUAUGCUCCAUGGUGUGGCCACUGCCAAAGGUUAACACCAGAAUGGAAGAAAGUAGCAACUGCAUUAAAAGAUGUUGUAAAAGUUGGCGCAGUUGACGCAGAUAAACAUCAGUCCCUGGGAGGUCAAUAUGGUGUUCAGGGAUUUCCUACCAUUAAGAUUUUUGGAUCUAACAAAAACCAACCAGAAGAUUAUCAGGGUGGCAGAACUGGUGAAGCCAUCGUAGAUGCUGCUCUCGGUGCUCUGCGCCAGCUCGUAAAGGGCCGCCUUGGGGGCAGGAGUGGUGGAUAUAGUUCUGGAAAACAAGGUAGAAGUGACAGUUCAAGUAAGAAGGACGUGAUUGAGCUGACGGACGACACCUUUGAUAAGAGUGUUCUUGACAGUGAAGAUGUUUGGAUGGUUGAGUUCUAUGCUCCUUGGUGUGGACACUGCAAAAAUCUAGAGCCAGAAUGGGCUGCAGCAGCUACAGAGGUAAAAGAGCAAACGAAAGGAAAAGUGAAACUCGCAGCUGUGGACGCCACCAUUAACCAGGUUCUAGCCAGCCGAUACGAGAUUAGGGGAUUUCCUACAAUCAAGAUAUUUCAGAAAGGCGAGUCUCCUGUGGAUUAUGAUGGGGGGCGGACGAGAUCCGACAUCGUUUCCCGGGCCCUUGAUUUGUUUUCUGAUAACGCUCCACCUCCUGAGCUCCUUGAGAUCCUCAGCGAGGACAUCGCCAGGAAGGCGUGCGAGGAGUACCAGCUCUGCGUCGUGGCUGUGCUGCCCCAUAUUCUAGACACGGGAGCUGCAGGCAGAAAUUCUUAUUUGGAAGUCCUUCUGAAGUUGGCAGACAAAUACAAAAAGAAAAUAUGGGGGUGGCUGUGGACAGAAGCCGGAGCCCAGUCUGAACUUGAGAAUGCACUGGGGAUUGGAGGGUUUGGGUACCCCGCCAUGGCAGCUAUUAACGCACGCAAGAUGAAAUUUGCUCUUCUGAAGGGAUCGUUCAGUGAGCAAGGCAUUAAUGAGUUUCUCAGGGAGCUGUCUUUUGGGCGUGGAUCUACAGCACCCGUAGGAGGUGGGGUUUUCCCUGCCAUCAGCACCAGAGAGCCCUGGGACGGCAAGGACGGCGAGCUUCCCGUGGAAGACGACAUUGACCUGAGUGACGUGGAGCUCGAUGACCUGGAGAAAGAUGAGUUAUGAGAGGUGCCGUACAGACUCCAGUUUUCUUUUCUUGGGAGCGGAUUUUCCAGCAGUGAAGAAGGAACAUUCUUUCCAAUCAGAUGAAUCUACCAGUGGCCUUUUUAACCAAGAAGUAACACUGAUUGGUCAUUUGAAAACACUGCAACAGUGAACUUCUGCGUCUCAAGAAAACAAUGAAAAAUUCUGUGAAUUGUCAUAGCCGGUGAAUUGGGUUGUAUUCUGUCAAAUAAUAUUUUGAAGAAAACUGAUGGGCUGUUGAAGCGUUUUUCCCUCCCUCUGACUGCUGCUUGAAUGUUCUUGGAGGCCGUUUCUUACAUACAAGUUUUUUAAUGUGAUCCUUUCCUUUGAAUAUUAAUGGCUUUUUUCCAUUAAAGAAUAAAACGAUUUUGGACAAUGCCAA